CACAUGAAGAGAGCCAGUCCAGUCCCUUCCUUCAACUUCAGAGGCAGAACGAUGGAGCAGCCGGGGAGAUUCUGCUUCCUCCUCUUUGCCCUUUUGUCUGCCCACUUGGACACUGGCGGUGAGUAGCGACUUCAUCCAAUCUGAUGGCCAGAGCCGUUUGACCAUGGAACAGUCUCCCUCGGAAGGCGGAGGGCUCUCCUCCACGGGAGGUUUUUAAGCCAAGGAUGAUCUGUCAGGGAUGCCUCCGUAGAGAUUCCUGCAUUGCCCUGGGGGUCACUGCCAGCUCUAGGAUUCUGCGAUUCUAUGAUCAUUGGGUUGAAGCAACUGCCCUAUGAGGAAAGGUUGCAGCAUUUUGGACUUCUUAGUUUACAGAAAAGGCAAGUGACUUGAUGGAGGACUUGAUGCAAGCAGAACGACAAUAGAGAAAGGUCCCCACCCCCACCCCCGGUGUCUCGUAACUCUAGAGAUUGUGGACAUCCAAUAAAGGCAAAUGCUGAGGAAUUCAGGGUAGAUAAAAGAAAGUGCUUCUUCACUCAGCACAUAGUUAAAACUAUGGAACUCCCUCCCACUGGAGAUGGUGAGGGUCACCAACUGGGAUGGCUAAGAUUCUUAAAAGAUAUGCUGGAUAGACAAGCCGACAAGCCCACCUCACAAGACUCCUUCUCUCCCAAGUCCUACCUUGAUGGUUCCGAGAUUGACGCCAUUUUACGGUGUGGUGGAAUCGGUGACUCUGGUCUCUCUCUUCCAGGCAGCCUCCGCAGCAAGAUCGUCGGGGGUGGUGAAUCGAAGCCACAUACAAGGACGUACGUGGCAGCUCUGAAAGGAGGCAGAGGUUUCAUGUGUGGGGGAUUCCUCGUGGCCCCACAGUGGGUCCUGACUGCAGCCCACUGCAAUGGGUGAGUCGUGGUAACGCAGAGCGGGUUUGAAUUUUUAGACUUUCAGCUUCCAAAAAUGAGAGGGGCUAAAAAGUUGACUUUGGAAUUGAAAAGGUUUUUAGACUGGGUAAGUAGAACGUGUGUAAAAUCGCAUAGAAAUAAUUAAAAAUGUACUGUAUGUACUGUAUAAAGGUAAAGGUAAAGGGACCCCUGACCAUUAGGUCCAGUCGUGACUGACUCUGGGGUUGUGCGCUCAUCUCGCUCUAUAGGCCGAGGGAGCCGGCGUUUGUCCGCAGACAGCUUCCGGGUCAUGUGACUAAGCCGCUUUUGGCGAACCAGAGCAGCGCACUGAAACACCGUUGUAUGUACGGUAUACAGUACAUGAAAGAACAUUGUAAAGAUUUGAAAAUGUUUGCAGCUUUGAUUUAAAAUAUUUUGCAACGUUGAUUUUUGAUACCGGUUUACAAAUACUAAAGUUAAUUUCUCUAAGCAUAAAAAGAAGAUAAAUAGGGUGAUGGAGAAAUGCUAAGGCGAAUGUGAUUACAUAUGGAAGCCGGGGGGGGGGGGAUCGGCUGUGGCUUUCUGUUGAUUCUCUUCUUGUUUAAAGAGAUAUCUCCGUCAUUCUGGGUGCUCACGACCUGAAGGCCGUCGAAAGCACACAGCAGGUGUUUGGAGUCAAAAGUUACCAUCAGCAUCCGGAUUAUAUGCUGGUUGCUGGAACCCCUUUCAACGACAUCCUUCUGUUAAAGGUAUGGAGAAAGAUUGUCAACUGGUGCUUUCGCCCAAAAUGCAUAUGUCAUUAUUUAUGGAACUGUCAAAUUUCAGGUUGCAAAUAGUGUUCUGUAUCCACAUACAGUGGUGCCCCACAAGACGAAUGCCUCGCAAGACGAAAAACUUGCUAGACGAAAGAGUUUUCCGUUUUUUGAGUCGUUCCGCAAGACGAAUUUCCCUAUGGGCUUGCUUCGCAAGACGAAACGUCUUGCGAGUUCUUGCGAGUUUGUUUCCUUUUUCUUAAAGCCGCUAAGCCGUUAAUAGCCGCUAGGCCGCUAAUAGCCGCUAAGCUGCUAAUAGCCGUGCUUCGCAAGACGAAAAAACUGCAAGACGAAGAGACUCGCGGAACGGAUUAAUUUCGUCUUGCGAGGCACCACUGUACAGAAAAGUAAGACGACAAGUCAAGUCAAAUAGGUAGUAGGUUGAUAUUCUAUGCAGCCCACUUCUUGCAAGGGGUGGGGAAUAAAUUCAAUAAAUUUUGUAUUUACAGUGGUACCUCCGGUUGCGAACAGGAUCCGUUCCAGAGGUCCGGCCGUAUCCCGAAGUUUUCACAACCGGAGAGACCACUUCUGUGCAUGCGCGUGGGGCGAAGCACUUCCAGGUUUGCCGCUUUCGCAACCUGAAGUUUACGUUACCUGAGGGUAACGUAAGCCGAAGGUCCACUGUACAGGCACACAUACCUAUUGGCAAUUUUGGAAUAAUACAUAAACCCAAACACAGCCACCUUUUCAAAAUCAGCACAUCUCUGAAACCGGCAAUGUAUUUCUCCAGUCAAGUUACGUCUACAGAAAGGCAUAUACUCAGGUAAAGUGUCUAUCGGAGGACAUUUCCAUCAAAAUUCCACCCCACCCCCCAUUUUAUCUGAUCAGUGAAAACAAACAAAAACCUCCAAAAUCACAACAAAGGCAUGUUGCCAGCAGGGAGGCAAUCUGUCCCUCUUAAUUCCUCCGCAUAUCUUAUUUUCCUAAUUCCUCCUGACAUUUUUAAAAUUUGCUUAAUAUGCACAUUUCCCUAGCCCAAUUUCCCCCUAAUAGAAGGCAUUCUUGUUUUGCUGUUUUCAUAGGAUCCUAGACUUGUAGAGCUGGGAGGCCUCACCCCAAAAGUCACCCAGUCCAGCCCCCUGCAAAGCAAGAGUCAUAGCUAAAGAGUCUCUGCUAUCCAAACUAUGUUUAAGCUCCCCCCCCCCCCGUGAAGGAGAGUCCAACACUUUCCCAGGUUCCCUUGUUGAACAGAGCCACUUCCGCCCUAAAAGGAGGUGGAGUUGUGGGCUUCACGGCCCCACCAUGUGCGCAGGGCUGGAGCGAUUGGGGGGAUUCCCAGCCGCGUCAUUCCCUGGCCAGCCAAUUGGCUGGCUCUGGGGGCGUGGCCUGCCCCACUUAAGGCAGGACGCGGCUGGGGAUCUCCCUCUUUGCCGCUCAUCAGCUGUUCCCGCUUUCCCCACCCUCCCACCCUAUAAGGUUUUCAUUCCUUGACCUUGCUAUGGACCUCAGUUGGUCACCGCUGAGCGGCCUGGUAGGAAUUUUUGCACUUGGCAAAUUGGCACCAGCCACUUGGUUUUUGCCUAGCAAAUCGUAGCAAACCGUCACAACUUUCUUGGUAUUGGCGGAUAGGCAUUCAUAUAGUUCUGUAGAAGGAAGACGGGAGGAAGCACCAUCACCUGCCCCACAUAUUGAAGGGUAGUCCGGUAAAGGAUUCCGGGGGGCGUGGCCUGUCCAAAGCCUAGGGAGGUGAGGGCCUAAGGCACGCCCCCUAUCGAUGACCCCGGGGCAGUUCCUAGUUGAUGUGCAUCAGCAGGACUCCCCCGACUGGUGGUUAACCCUUCCCGGACUUCAAGUAGACGGGCUGAAGACAUAUAUAGUCGGUUAGGACCAAUGCCUAAGCCAAUACUGUUCGUCACCUGUAACCAAUAAUUGUGCCACGUGUCAUUAUUUCACUGGGGGGGGGCUGGGAACUCGCCACGCAACUCUUACCUAGUCACAUUCUCUGAAGUCUCUCAGCCUCGCUCACCCCACAGAGUGUUUGUUGUGGGAGAGGAAGGGAAAGGAGAAUGUGAGCCGCUUUGAGACUCCUUCGGGUAGUGAUAAAGCGGGAUAUCAAAUCCAAACUCUUCUUCUUUCUUGUCAUUUGACUCUAUCGGUUCGGGUUCUGCCCUCUGGAGCAGCAGAAAACAAGCUGGCUCCGUUUUUCGUGUGACAGUCCUUCAGCUCUUUGAAGCUGGCUCUCAUAUCUCCUCUCAGUCCUCUUUUCUCCAAGCUAAACAUACCCAACUCCCUCAACCAUUCCUCAUAAGGCUUGUUUUUCACAAUUAUAUGCACUUGUAUGCAUACUUUACCCUGGUAUAUACAUAUUUCCACUCUACGUGCACGUUACUUGGCUGUGGAAAUUUGCACUGCAAAAUUCAGAGAAGCAUGAAUUUCAAAGGAAGGCCAUGUUUUGAUGAAUGACUUGGGUUGUAUCCAACUUCAGACUUGGAUUGGGCAGAUUAAAAUUAAAGGACAUGAUUUACUUAUAUCUAUCAAUCUAGAACUUAGCUAGAUACCACCCAUUAUUUCCAAAAGCACAGAUUAAAUUAACGUUAAACGUUAAGUGGAUAUAGUUUCUCCCCCACCCUGAGCUAUCAGUGCCCUCUCUGUGAUGUCUCAUGACUCUCUGGAAGCCCGCCGAUUUCAGACCACCCUCUUCUCCUCCUUCCUCCCCUGAAGCUCGACCGUGAAGCCAAGAUCAACAAGUACGUCCAAGUCAUCCCAUUACCGGAAAACGAAAACGACCUCCUCAAAGGCACAGAAUGUUUUGUGGCUGGAUGGGGCCGCAUUGAUGCGAGAUACGAAGGCAGCUCCAAACUUUUUGAGACCAAUGUCACCGCCCUUGGCCGCCGGAAGUGCCUCCAGUUCAUUCCGGAACUCACCGACAGGAUGGUGUGCGCCGGCAGCCGGGCCAAGCUCUGCGACGUCAGCAACGUAAGCCCACAUGUCAUUGUCAAAAACAAGGAGACAGCUUUGCAGAACAAAAGUCCAUGCAUUUUACAAAAUUGCACAUGCUAAUUCAUAUGCAGAGAUGCAAUUUUUAGAAAUAUUUACUAAAAGUUUUGGGGCUGCCAACAUCUUUUUUUUAGGCCCAUGGGCUCCUUUGGAUCUUUGAGUGAGGGCUGUUGGUGCCGCCACCUCUGGUCCCUUCCGGUGGAAUUCAUCUGAGCCUUGCAAAGUCCAUAGAGUUGAAAGAGGAAGUGGGGAAGGAGCCCCCCACGCCCCCUUUCAGCUCUGUAUACUUCUCAAGGGAGGAAAAGGCAGUCACCAGCACUAAGGGGUGGGGAGAGGACCCCGGGAGGACCGGAAGAGUACUAUUGCACCCAUGGGGGCCACUUGGGCGAUCCCUGUGGUGAUUUAAACGGAAACAGAGUGCAAUUGCCUGUUGUGGGCAAGGCGAAGAGCAAGGAUGAAUCCAUGUUAGUGGUUUUUCUGCUUCUUGCAAUUCACACAAAAAAUGCCCCAACUCUAAAAAUGUCUCCACUUUGCAUCCUUCUGUGAUCUUUCAGAAGACUUUUACGCCAAUGUUUUAAAACGGAUUGAGUUGUUCUUGCAUGACAGAUUAUCAGUCACAUGCACACAACUUCCCCCACAGAAACCUGGAAACUGUAGUUUGUGGAGGGGGUUGGAAAUCAGAGGUCUGAGAAGGGUGCACAACAGGUCCCAGGGUUCACUGGAAGAAGCCUGUGCUUUAACUGUGCAUUCACUCCUGCAGCUUUCUCCUCCCCCCCCCCCCCGCCCAGAACUGCUCAAUCCACAACUGUUUGAAUCCACCCCCAUCAAACUUCCUUUUCUGCAGGGGGAGGCAGGAUUGUGCUUGUGGUGCGGCCUACUGGCAUUGAUGGAGGUUAAUUGGGAGAGGGGGAGAGGGAAUGGAGGAGACCAUGCCCUCCCAAGAGUCUAUGACAGUGGUGGCUAAAAUUGGCCCUCCAGCUGUUUGGGGACUACAUUUCCCAUCAUCUGUGACCACUGGUCCUGUGAGCUAGGGAUGAUGGGAGUUGUAGUCCAAAAACAGCUGGGGGGCCAAGUUUGGCCACCACUAAUUUGUAGGCGCUUCUGCCGGGAUGAAGCUUGCAAGCCAUCUAUCUAUCUAUCUAUCUAUCUAUCUAUCUAUCUAUCUAUCAUCUACCAGUGCUCUUGUCCACCCAGAUGUUCAAGCCCUCACCUGAGUGGGAUAGGCAGGCACACCUGGAGACUUCAGUUCAGACUGGGACCCAAGAGACCACGGCUCAAAUCCCCACUUGCUGUCCAGGAGUGGGCAGAGGAGGAAUGGUGGAGACCCCCUGCCCAGCUUGACCCUUCCAGGAAGAGGAAGAGGAAGACUGUUCAGAUUCACAUCAGGGGUCACAGCUCAGAGGCGGAUGAGGGGGAAAGUUGAGAAAUAAUGGGAGAGGAGGAGGAGGAGGAAGCACCAGGGGGGCGACAGCUGAUGGACACCGUGUCUUUAGAAAGCAUUCCAGACCCCCCUCUCCCAGAACCCGGCAAGCCUUGAAAGUAGGAGAACAAAGAGCUCAAAGAGAGAGGGCCCUUAGCAGCACCCAUGGGAGAGACGAAUGAGGACGUGGGAGAGGGGGGGUGGAGAUUCACUCAGGACAACGCCAUUAUCCAAGAGGCUGGGUUCUGUAGCCCUCUCUGUAAAUACUGGAUAAAAAGCGGUUGGUAAGAAACACUCGCUUGUCUUUGUACUUUCCUGAGCAACCAGCCAGGAGUUGCUGGCAGCAGCCCAUGAAACUCACUGGGUGACUUUGGGACAGUCACUCCAUCUCUCAGCCCAGCCUACCUCGCAGGGUUGUUGUGAGGGAAGUGUUGCGUCAGCUGCCAGGAACUCCUUGGAGGAAAGGCGGGAUAGAAAUGCAAUGGUGAAUAAUAAUGUGAAAUAAGUUUCUCUCUCCCCUCUCCAACCCCACAAUUCCUCUCAGGGGGAUUCCGGGAGUGCCCUGGUCUGCAAUGGAGUGGCCCAUGGAAUCGUCUCCUAUGGCUUCCAAAUCCCGCCAUCAAUUUACACGCGUGUCGCCGCCUAUCUCCCUUGGAUCAAAGAGACAAUGAAGGAAGGGUGAGACCAGCAAGGAGAAAAGCAGCCAGCAGCUUCUUGUUCCCGGCUGGAUUCCUCUUGCCCCUGCUAGAGAGAGUCAGAUACGAGAGACACGCUUGGUCAUUGUGAAGUCAGAUGUACAGGCAACUCCUCCUCCUGUGGAUCGAUCCCGGCUUUCCCCAGAGAAACCUCUGCCUUCUUCUGUACCGCUAGUGCUUACUGUUGCUGUAUUGUUUCCUGAAAUAAACAAACUUCAUUGCAAA